AUGAUCCGGCAGGCCAAAAUAUCCUUUGUGACCUUUUUAUCAGGCGCUAGUGUCGUUUUAUUGCCGCCAUUGAUGACUAUCAUCCCAUCCGCUAGCUUUCUGUGGCAAGAUUUGUGGCAUGCCUUGUUGAUGAUACAUUUUCUGGUCUGCAAUGGAGCCUUUUCUGCGAUCUAUGUCCACCAAAAGGACUCCUACAAGAUAGCUGUGAGGGCUGGAAACCUGGGGUUUGCUUUUGGCCUUAGUGUCUUGCUCAGUUUCUACAGUACAUGGUGGUGCCACUUCGGUUGGUACAUGAUGGCCUUGACAUUUUUCCACUGGUCAGAGUAUCAAACCACAGCCCUGACCAAUUCCAAGUCGCUGACCCUGGAGUCAUUUUUGCUGGACCAUAGCCGUGAAUACAAACUGGCCGCUGUGGCCAGUUGCUUGGAGUUUGUCCUGGAAAAUUUGAUUUUUCCAGACCUGAAACAGCUUCACUGGGUGAGUGGUUUUGGGGCAGUGCUGACAAUAGGAGGUGAGAUUCUGCGAAAACUUAGCAUGUUCACAGCACAGACCAACUUCAACCACCACAUUCAACACACCAAGCAAGAUGGACACAUUCUGGUUACCCGAGGUGUCUACCGUCUCUUUAGGCAUCCAAGUUAUGUUGGCUGGUUUGCUUGGAGUUUAGGAACACAGAUCAUGCUAUGCAACCCAGUCUGCCUCAUUGCCUACACCAUCGUUUCGUGGCGGUUUUUCAAUGAGCGCAUUUAUGAGGAAGAGAUCUGCUUGCUCAACUUCUUUGGGGAAGAUUACUUGGAGUAUCAGAGGCGGGUGCCAACAGGAAUUCCAUUCAUCUACGGCUACCAGCAGAUGUUGUGA